AUGAAUACAUUUACCAGAGUGACAAAUGUUACAAACACAGUCACAGGCCGUGUUACAAAUGUGGCUACGGAUCUCUUGAAAGCUGUUAUGCCCGACUUUGCACUGCGAGUCCUUGAGAAUAUUUUCCCAUCGGAAAAAAUGAUCAAGCCAGUCGAAAAGUUUGAAACUGUGCUAGUUGUUUCACUCGAAGAUGCUGUGCAACCACUAGUUUCACUUGUUCCCGAAGUCUUGGAAAUGGUUGCCAUAGUAAAAGAGAAGUGUGCUCAACCAAAGGAAGGUUUAACCACGGAUGAAUCUGCUGCAAUUAUGCUUUAUUCAAUGGAAUGGCAGCCAAGAGAAAAAUCAUUUUAUAUUAUUCUUAACAAUACUCUACGAACUGAAGAUCAGGAAAAACUGAAACCUUGGGAUCUUUAUUUAAAACUAUUUGUUACAGCUCUUGAAAAAUUACCAUCGACUUCUCAAACAAUCUAUCGAGGUGUGAAAAUGGAUUUGAGUGCUCAGUAUCCUCAAGGGAAAACGUUUGUUUGGUGGGCAUUUUCGUCAUGUACAAGAUCAAUGCAAGUACUUCAAUCAGAACAAUUUCUUGGAAAGACCGGAGCAAGAACUUUAUUUGCUAUUGAAUGUAAAGGUGGUAAAGAUAUUCAACAGCAUUCAUUAUUUCCAGCAGAAGAUGAAGUUCUACUUAUUGCGGUUAGAAAGUUACAAGUAGUUUCUCGUCUGGAUUCAGGAAAUGGACUUUUUAUUAUUCAAUUGAAAGAAGUGGAUUCAGAUAAUCCUCUUCUUGGAACUUCAACGAGUGCAAAUUCAUCGAUUUCAUCAGAAUCUCACGAGCAAUCGAGCGCUUCAUCUCAGAAAUCGAAUCAAAAUGCAUCAAUACCAUUUGGAAUUCCCAUUCUUCACAAACCAAAAUUUCUGCAUUGA